UCAGAUGCUCUGUUCAAGUCAUUUGAGUGACAUGCAGGAUUUAUCAGGACUCACUCUGGAAUCGGUGGCUGAUGAAGAGCGUCUUCUCCUCUUCAGGGCGUUCUGUGGCUCUAAACACACACACAGAAAGGAGCAUUGAAGAUUUUCAGCUGAAUAUGCCGAGGAGCCCGACGUCCAGCGAGGAAGAGAUGGCCCAGAGUUUCUCAGACUCUUCACAGGACUCCAGCUCACGCAGUUCCCGAGAGGAGGCCGUCUAUGAGACCGUACGAGCAGAGCGACCCGGCAGUCUCACGGCAGACACCCAGAACAACUCGCUCACCGUGAGGGUGUUCAUCCCAGACCUGCAGCAAACGGAAAGCAUGAGGUUUAACCCCGAUGACACUGUGUGGGCUGCUAAACGGCUGAUCCUGUGCACUUUGAGUCAGAAUCUGAAGGAUGUUCUGAACUACGGCCUCUUCCAUCCGGCCAGUGACGGCAGAGACGGGGAAUUCCUGGAUGAGGAGAGUCUGAUCGGGGAACAUCCCCUGCCGGCCUGCGAGGGCGUCCCGUCACUGGAGUUUCGCUACAAAACCAGACUAUACAAGAGUCAGUCCAGUGUGGAUGAGAAGCAGAUCGCCAGACUUCACACGAAGGCCAGCGUGAAGAAGUUUAUGGAUUACAUCCAGCAUCAUGAGCUCGAGAAGUUCUCCAGAAUGCUAGACAGAGGACUCGACCCAAACUACCAGGACACAGAGACUGGAGAGACUCCCCUCACCUGUGCGGUGCAGCUGGAGAAUAAGCUGGAGUUUAUUAAAGCUCUGAGGAACGGAGGAGCUCAUCUGGACUUCAGGGAUAAAGACGGCAUGACGGCUCUACAUAAAGCUGCUCACGCUAAAAACCAGCCAGCGCUCAAGACCCUGCUGGAGCUCGGAGCAUCUCCGGAUUACAGAGACAGUCGAGGUCUGACGGCACUGUAUCACACGGUCCUGGCGGACGGAGACACACACACACACUGCUGUGAGCUGCUGCUGAACCAGCACGCCUCCGUCUGCUGCCAGGACGAGAACGGGUGGCAUGAGAUCCACCAGGCUUGUCGACGCGGUCUUGUCCAACACCUCGAGCAUCUGUUGUUUUACGGAGCAGACAUGAGCGCACAGAACGCCUCGGGAAACACGGCGCUGCACAUCUGUGCUCUCUACAACCAGGAGAAGUGCACACGUGUGCUGCUGGUCAGAGGAGCCGACAAGGAGGUGAAGAACCACAACAGCCAGAGUCCGUUCCAGGUGGCAAUCAUCUCUGGGAACUUCGAGCUGGCAGAGCUCAUUAAGAAGCACAGAGAAAGUGAUGUAGGUGAGUGCAGAGAUGGCAUCGGACUGAGUGUCAAUCAUCAGGAUGUGGUGAAGAUGGGGCAUCGGCAGGUCGUAAACAUGAUUAAACACGGAGGAAACCGACUCGUCAUUAAAGUGGUGAGAGUCAGCAGGAAUCCGGAGCAAGACGACAAAACCCGGAAGAAAGCUCCUCCUCCACCCAAAAGAGCUCCAACAACUGCACUCUCAAUGAGAUCCAAGUCCAUGACAUCUGAACUAGAAGAACUGGAUAAAGUGGAAGAGACUGUGCAUCUGCAGAAACCAGCCAAUGGGAAAGCCUCUGCAGUCGCCACGAUCAAACCCGCCCCUCCAGCCGCUGUUCGGCGGCAUGCAUGGAUGUCACUUUCUGUAACGCAGUCCAGCUCUGAAAGGCCCGGAGUCGCUAUAGUUCCUCCUAAUGUUCCUGGGAGAUCCCAUGGAAGUUACAUUCGUGUGCCAAAAAGCUCCAUGAAAAGACAAAAAUCCAUUGGAAUCGCAGGGGAAGAAAGGAAGUUACUGAUACCUCCACUGAAGUUCACCAGAAGUCUCUCCAUGCCCGACACAUCUGAGGAAAUCCCCCCACCUCCAGGCGUCUCUCCUCCAUCCCCACCUUACAACCCCAGUACUCCUAUGAGAUAUGAGCCCAACCAGUCCAUUUACACACAGAGCUCAACAGGCAGAUGCCACACCAUAGAAAGAGACCAGGUCGCGUACCAUCGGCAGAACUUUGAACAAUAUGACUAUCAGACUUAUCCAGCCAGCCAGCAAAACAUGUGCACACAUAACAAGGCCCAUGUGCCGGAGAACCCAUACUCAGACAUAGCUGGCAAACUUCUGUACGUCCCACCGAAACCAGCCCGCAGGAAGGGUAUACUGAUAAAGCAGCCAAAUGUUGAGGAUAGCUCUGAUAAAACCAGUUCAAUCCAGAUACCAACCAUUAUUGUGAAAGAGCCUUCAACUAGCAGUAGUGGCAAAAGUAGCCGAGAAGGAAGCAUGGAAAUUGAGACUCCCACUUCUGAGCCAACAGGCCAGCUACGACCGGAGGACACCGGAGGGUUCACCGCGAGCAACCCUUUUGCAGCUGCUAUUGCCGGGGCCGUACGUGACCGUGAGAAGCGUCUUGAAGCACGCAAGAACACCCAUGCCUUUCUGUCAAUGGAUCUCGGAGACGAGGAUUCAUCUAUCCCCACCCCCCGUUUACGCCAGUCUAUGUCCAUAGAUGAAGGCAUGUUUGCUUUUGAUAAGAGUUUAGAAAUGCAUAUGGCUCCUCCGGCUCCUUUAUUAGGGUUCCAGCGACUUAGAAGUGGAGGCAACAUGACAGACUUUACCCUCCCCGAACCAACUGAGCCCUUCACAACACGCACCGAGAACUGCCCCAACACAGGCAGUCCCAUGACUUUAAAUGAUGGAGAUUUCCAACACCAGGCCAGAAAUAGAGCUGCUGUGAAGGAGCAAGUGCAACCCCCUCUUCCUCCACCUAAAGGAGAAUCUCGCAAAGCGAACCUCAACCAGCCACUCUUCAUUGACACCAAGCUACGGUCCAAUAUUGAAGCCAGCUUUGUUGCCACAGCUCAACCAAAAGAUUGUGGAGGUUUGUUUAGGCACACAAGAGAGUCCAAUCAUGCCACAAAGGCGGCGAAGGAACGUAAUCCAUCCGAGCAGUUGAAGAACAACUAUAGCGCGUCGCAACAACAGUCAGAGGGGCUCCUCAUGGUCCACACACUAGAUAAGACCAAGCCACAAGUGAAUAGUCAGUCUGAUGGAUUCAGACGAGAAGAGUCCCUGGACAGUGAGUCCUAUGGCAAACGUAUAUCCCCCAACUCCCAGCCAUCUCAUACAAGGACCUCUGCCGCAUCCGUGGAGGAGCCUGCCAACUUCUCCUGUGGCAUUCCUCUUCCCCCACUGAGCUCAGUGGAUUUUGAUGAGGAGUUUGACUUGCCUGAACCCUUUCCUCCACCUCUGGAGUUUGCCAACAGCAUUGAUGUUCCUGAGGACCAGGUUGCAGAGAUCCUCAAGCAGAAAAAGAGUCACGCAACAAGGGGACCCUUGCCCGUUUAUCCUUGUCAUGCGUCUGCAAUGAACAGUGUGGAGUCCAAGUGUCUUUCAGGGCUUGCGAAUUGCAUGAAUCCCCACACCUACCCUCCACCACCUCCAGAGAGUUUCGAGCCUGUCACGGACUCAGGCAUUGAGGAACUUUUUAGUCGAAACAGUGGGGAUCCUCACUUUGAGGCAAACAGCACAAUCUCCACAAUGUCCAGUGUCUGUACUCUUUCAUUUGAGGGACUUGAGGACUCAUACAUAGCCUAUGUAGACGGGCAGGCAGAGGUGGAGCGACCGCCGGUUCCACCGAAGCCAAAAACGAAGCCCAUAAUCAACAAAAGCAAUGCACUUUACAGGAACUCUUUGAUGGAGGAGAGCAUAGACUCGUUUGGACGGCCACCACCUCCUCCUCCACCCUGGGAUGAUGUAGCCCAAUCUGAGCCUCACAAGACACUUGAUCAGCGGGGCUCUAAACUGGGGAGAGGCGCCCAUGAGCUCCCGGCCAAUGCAGAUCCUAAAGUCAACGUGAUCAGUGAACUCAGUUCUAAACUUCAACAGAUCAACAAGGACAGACUUCCGAAACGGGGAGAACCUCUCGACCCACCUGCAGGAUCCAGAAGCAUUGGAUCAAGAGAGUGGAUGAGCCAAGCCUCAGGUGCCAAACACAGCAGCUCAGUGGCUUCUUCUUCAUCAACACACUUGCCUCCUCAGGCUUCCAGUCCUCCUGAGUCGGGUCGCAGCUCUUCUCUGCAGGGCUCUGCCGGAUCUGCUUCAUUAAGGGAUGCGUUCAGCCUGCCGUCUCCACCCGUAGUGAACGCGGAGCAAUGCCACAGCCUCAGCUCAGUCAGCAGUCGAUCGCUGUCCCCACUCACGCUGCUCCAGGCGGCUGCCGACAAGCCUUUCGCUGACAAACCCGUCCUAGUCUGGACCAAGCAUGAUGUAGCCGACUGGCUGGAAAGCCUCAACUUGGCAGAACACAAGAAGAAGUUCUUGGACAAUGAAAUUGAGGGCGCCCACCUUCCUAAUCUCCAGAAAGAAGACCUUGUAGACUUGGGUGUCACCCGUGUUGGGCACCGGAUGAACAUUGAGAGGGGUCUCAAACUUCUAAUGGACCGAUAAAGGUGCGGUAACGGAUAUCAACUCGACCAAUCCCUCGUCUCCUCCGAUGUUCAUCAGUCUGUGCUGCAUCUCCUGUUGGAAGGGUUGGGAUGAUCUUGUGGUCAGAACCAAUGAACAAAAACUGCAAUCAGGAACAAGUCUACGUGCACUCGUUCUUAUGAUCCGAAGCUUCAUUUUAAUAUCAGGAGCAACUGUAACCAGCAAAGCUGGGAGGUCCUUUUUUACCUUUGAUACAGGAAUAUUUCAUCAGGUGUUGUCUGUACGCGUUCUGUAUGUUGUUGCAGAAAACGUGGACAGCUGUUUCAUAAGGCUAGCUGAAAGCGUUGGAUUCACUCAGGCUUGGACAUGCACAGAAACAUCCACACAUUUCAGGACCUUUGUUCAUGAUGCUUCUUGUUUUCAAUGGGAUUGCAUGAGGACAAGACGUCGUGUACAGCCUCGUCCAUGUUGUUUGAUCCUGAUGGCAAGAAAUGCUACAAAAUACACGCAAGCGUUCCCGAACUAACCCCUUUUUCAACAUUCUUUUGGCUCACCUAUUUAUUUUAGGUAAUUUUGGCAUUUUAAGGUUGAUUCUGAUCUAUGUUCAUAGGAUGACUAAGGCUUGAGAGAGGAAGAGCGUUUCUAAUUGAGAGUGUGAUGCAGAUCUGAUAUCAGGCCUAAUUAUUGUGCACCUAUAAUAAUGAAGCCGCAGCACAUUAAAGUAGGAACAGGGUUUUGUUUUAUUUCGCACUGUGGCUUGGGUCAAUGCACUGGUCAUCAGUGGGAUGGAGAUUUAAAGGCAAGCUUGCAUUGAUUAUGGGGUUUAUGUGCAGCAAAUGAUUGAAUUUUUACAUACGUGUAUUGUUUCACUGAAUGAUCUGUUGUGGCAUUUUGAUUAAAUUAGUGUCAAAAUAUUAUACAAUAUACAGAUUUAGAAGAAGAUCAGCAUGAAGUGGAAAUUGCCCCUACUUUAACAUGAGCUGCAGUUUUAGAGAUUCCAUAAGCGAGUUUAUAGAGGAUGUUUUAAGCCGUUAUAAAACUUCAAUCAUGUUUCUUAAUUUAUAAACUGUUAUCCAGCAUGCAGAAUGCAUGUACACAUUGAUUGUGAGAAGUACUUUUUUUAAUCUUGUACUGAGAGUGGGAUAUCUCUGAGGAGAGGAGCAAUAUCUGCUGCUGAGAUCCCAGUAGGACUGAUAUAGACCACGAUAUUUUUAAUACUCUGCUGCUACUGUGAACAAGUCAUUUUUAUACAAUAGAUCCUAUUUAGAUAGCACAUAUAAUAGAGUAAGUGUAUUUUGGAUUAAUAUAAUUAUAUUGCCUUUUAUAAUGCGGUUUCAAUGGUGUUGUUCCCACUGAACUGUGGUUUGCCAAAAAGUCAAAUGUUUGAAUAAGAUUCUUAAUAUAGCAAAUUCAAAACGCAAAAUAUUUAUACUAUGAUUAAUGUAUACUGUAUAUAUUUAGAUAAUGUACCUGUCACAUCAUAAGCACAAUAUUUACCUUAUAUAUAAUAUGGCAUUGUCAGUGUCCUGUUGAUUAGCUUUGAGUUUUCCCUUUGACUUGAUCCUAAGUUGCUUUACUUUGCUUCCAUGUGUUCACUCUGUUAAUGUUGUUAAAGACCUUCUAAAGUAGAGACUCACUGCAAUGAUCAAGAAAACGUAUUGUGGGAUUUGUGGGAGGAGUGAAUUUACACCUUGUAUGGCGACUAAAUCUGAAAUAAAUUAAUUUUGGCUCUGGUAA